AUUUAGCGUCUGGAUUUUCAGGUUUCACAGUGUGUGGGUCCUGUGUGUGUGUUGUCUGUGUGUAUGUGUGUGUGCGUGUGUGUGAGAGAGGGAGAGUUUGUAGUGUGGUUGUAAACGUCCUCACCAGCUCGGAUACUGUCACCGCUUUGCACCGCAGGCAGGGCUCCGUGUUUCCUACAUAUGCAAGUUACCGUCGCGGCUCCACAAUCGUUGGCCAGCAAUGACCGAGAGCCCUGCGACCAAGCCAGCCAACGGGGAAGUGUGUCAGCGUGUGAAGAACGGACUAAAGCCGGAGAGAAACGGCUGGGUGAAGAGCCUCCACCGCUGCCAUGAGCGGCAGCCCGAGCACCACUGCCACCCCGAGGAGGAGGAGGUUCUUGCAGCAUCGGACCAUGCCGGCCUGUACAGCCGGCCCUUUGUUGAGUCUUUCGAGGAGACGCCCAUGCUAGUAGCUGUCCUCACUUACAUGGGCUACGGCAUACUCACCAUCUUCGGCUACCUCCGCGACUUCCUCCGUCACUGGAAGAUCGAAAGGUGCCACAUCGCCAGGGAAAAGGAAGAACAAAGGGACUUUGUGCCCCUCUACCAAGAUUUUGAGAACUUUUACACCCGAAACCUUUACAUGCGGAUCCGAGACAACUGGAACAGGCCCAUAUGCAGCGUCCCGGGGGCUAAAAUGGACCUGAUGGAACGAUCUUCCCACGACUACAAUUGGACUUUUGAGUACACAGGUCGGGUGGUGCAGGAUGUGAUUAACUUAGGCUCGUAUAAUUAUCUCGGCUUCGCAGAGAACACAGGUCCAUGCGCUGACUCUGCAGCCGAGGUCACCAUGAAGUACGGUGUCGGAGUGGCAAGCACCAGGCAGGAGACUGGUAACCUGGACAGGCAUGAGGAGAUGGAGAAACUGGUGGCUAAGUUCCUGGGUGUAGAGUCAGCCAUGGCGUUCGGGAUGGGAUUCGCAACCAACUCCAUGAACAUACCAGCACUGGCUGGCAAGGGCUGUCUGAUUCUGAGUGAUGAACUGAACCAUGCCUCUCUGGUGCUGGGAGCCAGACUCUCAGGUUCCACCAUCAGAGUCUUCAAACACAACAAUAUGCAGAGCCUGGAGAAACUGCUGAGAGAAGCCAUAGUUCACGGCCAGCCCAGAACUCACAGACCAUGGAAAAAGAUUCUCAUAGUGGUCGAGGGCAUUUACAGCAUGGAGGGCAGUAUAGUGCGCCUGCCAGAGGUAAUCGCCCUGAAGAAGCGCUACCGGGCCUACCUUUACCUAGACGAGGCCCACAGCAUAGGGGCCCUGGGGCCGAGGGGAAGAGGCGUGGUUGAUUACUUUGGCCUUGACCCCUGUGAUGUGGAUGUCAUGAUGGGCACCUUUACCAAGAGUUUUGGCGCUGCAGGGGGAUACAUCGCAGGGAAAAAGGACCUCAUUGAGUACCUGCGCUCCCAUUCCCACAGUGCAGUCUACGCCACCUCCAUGUCUCCUCCUGUGGUGGAGCAAAUCAUCACUUCUAUGAAGUGCAUUAUGGGAGAGGAUGGCACAAUGUUAGGCUGUGAACGUGUGCGACAGCUGGCAGAGAACACAGUCUAUUUCCGCAAGAGGCUUCGAGAAAUGGGUUUCAUCAUCUACGGCAACAACGACUCUCCUGUUGUACCCAUGAUGCUCUACAUGCCAGCAAAGAUAGGAGCAUUUGGCAGGGAGAUGCUGAAGAGGAACAUCGGGGUGGUGGUGGUGGGCUUCCCCGCUACGCCCAUCAUUGAGUCCCGGGCACGCUUCUGCAUCUCAGCUGCCCACUCAAAAGACAUGCUUGACAGGGCGCUGAGUGUCAUCGGUGAGGUAGGAGACCUUCUUCAGCUCAAGUACUCCCGACACAGAAUACACCCGUCUUUGGCUCGGCCAUUUGACGAUAAUGUGUAUGAAGACAUUGACGACUGAUGAACCACUCCUCUUCUAAAGUGGUGUGAACCAGAAAAACCCCAGAAAAUACAGAAUGGGUCAAGAUGGAUCACAAGUCUUCCACAAGGACCGAGAUGUGCACAGGUGCCCCUUGUCACUAGCUUGCCAUAAUGUAACCUCCCCAACAAAAAGGAAAACACUUACAACCAUCAUCUAAUUCUACUUUGCCUUACCUAAACAUGCAGAACAUGUGGUGAACACACUGAAAAACAACAACUGCUUUUUCAUGUGUACUUUUUUUUUUUUUUUUUUAUCAUUUUGUGUCUUAAGAAUGUUUUCGUUUGGUAGUAUGUGUGUAUGUUGUGUGUUUGUAGUGCUUGCAGCAUUGGUAACGUUAAGCUUUUUGAUUAUGUAUGUGAAGUGGACAACUUUCCAAAUGUUUCUAAAAUUGUGAGCUGCUGGGAUUUUUUCCACUAUAUGGAUAAAGUGAACUUUAAUGAGGUAAAGUUAGCAUUUAAUCAUCAAUCAAAAGAACAAGACUUGUUCCAUCUUUCAUCCAGAAAAGUUCAGAUUAGGUAUUAAUGCCAUAGACUGAAAGCAGAAAGCACUGGAUGUUGCAUUGUUUGCACAGGACCACUGAAGUCCCCCGAUUUUAAUUAAUUAAUUAAAAAGUUUUUUAUCCCUGUCAGUCUGUUAGCAAGCCGAUUAGCAAGACAUCAUACAAAGCGGCAUUCACAGUCUCCUAGGUGCCUUCUGGUUUUCUAGAAGGAGGUUUUGUAUGUUCAAACCAGUAGAAGUUUUCUCCAUUCCUUUUUAGGGAACAAGACGAGACUAAAAAGUCCUGAUAACGUAAUUUAGAAGCUGUAGUGCUCAUUAAACCAGGCUUGAUCAGACAUUUUUUGAACCAAACAAUCAAUUUUGGCCACAUUAUAUUGUUGUCAUUCCAUCCUUGGCUUUCCUAGACAGGCUGAAAAUAUGGAACCUCUAAGUUGAGCAUAGCACUUAAUGAAUAGUGGUGUUGAUGUAAUACUACAAAAAGGUUGCCAAAUAUUAGAAAAUAAUUACUCAAAUUAAUACAAUGACUUGUUUUAAAGUUCAACAUUUUGGGAAAUGUGCACAUAUGCUCACUUGCUGAGAGUUACAUGAGAAAAAUCAUUAUUUAAGUCCUUACACUAAACAUGAGGCUGUAGUUUCAUAUUUAGCAGGCGAUUAGCUUAGCCUAGCCCCGAGAUAACAAGUUUAGAUAACAGUCUGUAACUCCCUGUAACACCAAAAACUGUUGUUUUGUACAGAAUAAAUAAACAAGAUGUUAAUAAGUGAGCUGUAGAGAUGUGGGCAGGUGUAUUUUUGAAACUUGAACAGAGCUAGGCUAGCUUUUUCCCUCUGUUUCCAGAUUUUAAGCUAAGCUUUAACCUAAACUAAGCUAGCUGGAUCUAGCUUCAUAUUUAGCGUACAGACAUGAGAAUGGUAUCAGUCUUCUCAUCUAACUCCCCACAAGGAAGCAAAUGGAUGUAUUGCCCAAAAUGUUGAACCAUGGCCAAAUGUCUAAUGUUUGCAAUAGAAAGCUAAAUUACUUAGGAUAAUGUUUUAUUAUUCAUUCAUUAAAGUCAUGGAAAACUUGUAAAGCUUGAUAGUUGCCUCAACUGGAACCAGCUCUGGGACAGUCAGUACAGCAGUGCCAAAACAGAUAUUUAUCUAAAGUACUACUAAGAAUCCCAAUCAUACCAGUCAAAUAGCCUAAAUUUGAUUGGUGUCUGAUAGCACGCUAUUCACCAUGUUUAAUCCUAGUGUAAGAGAGUAAAUUGCCCACACACAGAGGACAACCCGAUGCUCCAUAGUUAAUGCAGAAUUUCAUCAAUAUAAAAAUUCUCUGGCAGCUCCAACAAUCAGAGGUUGAUUGUUGAAAUUGGUAGAUAUCCUCUUAUGUAUAUACUGUAUGUAAUAUGUAAUACCAUGUCUGUAUCCAUUCUGAACGCAAGAAGAAAAACACUUUUUAACACACACAAAUCUAUAAGAUAAGAUAUACUUUAUUGUCCCUAAGGGGCAACUUGACUUGGGCAAUAGUGCUACAUACAGCUGCAAUCAACCUAAAUACACUAUGUAACAAACAAUACAAUGGUACAUCAAAGACACAAUAAACAUUUACAUACAACAAAUUAGAAAAUAUAUGUAAAUAUUGCACAUGCCCAGAGAGUUAAAGUAUAUAAACACCUAAACAUUAUAAAAUGGGGAAUGAACUAACUCAGUCUUUCAAGCAUUUAAUUGCAUCUUUUGUUCAGUAAUUUCAUGAUUGGAUAAUCUUGCUACAUUUAUUUUCACAUUUUCCAGUGACAAAAUGUACAUACACAAUGAAAUUAAAUGGCAUUAUAGCUACGCCAGGUCUGACACAUAAUGGCUUUACCUGACAUAAUUCCCACUACUCAAUACAUAUGGAGUAUGAUUCCAAAAAUAGAACAAUCCCCAAAGCCCUGAACAAUAGUGUAUCUAGCUGUUGUCAGUGGCAAAACCAUGAAAAAAUCUGUUUUUUUUUAUUGACCGAUCAAAUUUUUUUCAUAAAUGAUAAUUUAAAAAAGCAACAUUCGAUUCAAACUUAUAGUAAAUCACUGUUUUUGGAAAUAAAAAUCCCCCAAAAAUGUCUACUGAAACUUGAAUGGGGAAUUUAACCCCGAAACGCUUGUUAUACAUGGAUUUGGCCGCCUGUGUUUACCUCUUCAUCCCAUCAUCACCGGCAUCCUUCAGUGUGAUUGUAUGUUUUUUUUUUGUUGUUUUUUUUUUUACUUGACCAUAUUAGUAUGCAUUUUUACUAACUUUUAAAGUCUUACAGAUGACCUCAAAGAUUAAGUUAAUAUGACUCACAGGACACAAGGCCAGAGUUGUGAUUGUCAAAUUAGUCUUAGUUCUAUUUUGCAAUAUUUUCCAACAUUUUUCCAGUUGUGCAAAGCUGUUCUCUAGUAAAGGUUAAUCUCCAGGCCAGACAAGAGAAUACCUAAACUAUUAAGACUAAACUAGUCUGGACUGAUUCAUCAUUGUUUGUAAUCUCCUUCUUAUCCGCCCUACCUCUUGGGUGCUUAUUAGUAAUAACGUAAUUGUUUUGUGUCUGAUAACGUCAAUGCCUUGUAAACAAAGUGUUAUCUUUGUUAGAGCUGAAAUGUGCAGUGACUCAGAAGUCAUCAAUAAUCAUAUAUCAGUCUGUGACUGGGAGUGGGUGUCCGCUUGCUUGCAUGAUUUGGGCUAUUAAUGUGUGUUUUCUGCACUUUUACCUUGCUUUUCUUCCACAUACACACCUGUCUUUUGAACCCUCAGUUUAUCUUGACAUUGUGCUACUGACACUUGGGACAACAACACUCCUUGAUGAAGGCAGCUGUAAAAGCUUACAUAAAAGCUGUAUAAAAAAUUUAAAAAAAGAAAAAGAAAGAAAGAAAUCCUACAUGCAAACAGUCACACCCUGCAUGUAUGCACACUGACAAGUAUUCUGUAACCACUCGUUCCUCAUACUAAUGCAUGUACAGUAAGAAUUAGUCAUUGAAGCUGCUCUGCACCACAGCCUGUGGUGCUCAAUGAUAAACACUGUUCUGCUAGAUGUGACUUUUUUGAAUGUUGUCAUAAACCACUUCAUUCCAGAAAAUAGUUUGAGUUAACGUAUCUUUGUGGGGUCUAGGGAGGUUUUCUUUUUCUCUUCCAUAUUAAUGUUUUUCUGUUACUGUAAAUGAGAGAUGUUUGUGUAAUGUGUCUCAUAGAAAAUCUAUCUGUAGAAAAAGUUUCAAAAGCUGAAUCUUUGAAUUACAAAUGAUUGUCCAUGAGCUAAGCUAAGAGUUACAUUAUUACUCACAUAGAUACAGAAUGUCUUAUAUUUUUGAAGUUACUUUGCACGCAGGAGAGUCAUCAAAUGAUACUUGAUACUAAAAGCAGGCCUUUGAAACUUAUUUUAAUAUUAAAACAUAAUCAUGUAAUACCCCAAAACCAGAAGGCCUUCACGAUGCUGUUUGACCAAAUUGUUUUGUGAGCAGCCAUUCAGCUGCUUUUAUUAUAUAAAUUAGAUCUCUACAGUACCCUUCAGAAUAGCUGGUACAUGUUAAAUAAAAACCAGAUGUACUGUUGGGAAACUUUACAGAGUAAACCAUUUGGUCCUGGAUGUUCUAUCAGUAAAUAUCAAUAUGUUCCCUUAAUGAUCUCAAUGGAUAAAUCAGCUUUGAUCUCUUUGAACUUUGUACUCUUCAUGCCUUUUUUCUAAGGUCUAUGAGCUUUGUUGGUGUAAGACGACAUGAAAUGUGUAAAAUGAAAUGCUACUUUUGGAAGAUGGUCCCAAUAUUUUGGAGAAAAUAAGAUGCAACGCGCUCAACUCACGAUUAGACCUUGAAGACUAAGUGCUGGAUCCUUAAUGUAGUUAAUCAUAAAAAAGAGAGACUAGGACAGAACUCCAAUUUGACUUUUUAAUAUUUAACAAAGCUCAUAGAGCCACAUGUGGAAAUAUGGAAAGGUCAAGCUGGAAAGCUGUCCUAGUCCCCCAAUAUUUUGUACAAAGUUUAUAUAUUGUUUCACUGAAAUGGAGCUGUUCAGAAUAUUUUGUUUACUAUGGAGAAACCUGGGAAAGUUGGAUAUCGCUAUUGCUGGCAGCCUUUUGUUGAAAGCACUCGAGUGUGCCAAUAAUGGAGGCAAUCAUUUCAAAAGUCGAGUGCAAGUUACCACACAUCAGAGAGAAUUAUUUUCUGAUAUAGUGCCUUUUGAAGCAAAUGAUUUUCUAUGAAUUCUGAUGAAAGUAAGUGUCAUAACUUGGAUUGUUCCUCUUUUACAGUCUUAUUUGACUUCUUUUACUACUUUGUCUUCAACAAUAAUCAGCACUGGGUGUGUCUUCUAUGUUUACUAAUUGCCAUGCAUUUGAUCAUAGAAAAUGCACUAUUUGCAACAUAUCAGCAAAUUAUUAAUGUGUAAUGUGUCACCCAUGUCAGUGAUAUCAGUAGAUCAUUAAAACAAUAAAAACUAUGCUAUUUUG